UCAUGCUUUUUCAAUUGAAAAUUUUCCAUUAAUUAUUGUCCAUCAAAUUUAUAAUCUUCAUAUUAAUUUAGUGAAGACUAAAAUAAAGCAAAAAGAUCAAAAAAAGACUUAGAAAAUAAGAUGUCUCAAUUGUCUAUGUAUUGUCAUUUAGUUAUAGUUCAAGUGUUUUACAAAUUAAGGUUUUUUAUUACUAUAAAAUUAUGGUAAUAGGUAUUAACAAAAAAUUUAACUUAUGUAACAAAUAGAUUUUCAUGUAUUGUUAUAAAAUAGAUAUAUAUUUACAUGUUUCUACUUUUAAUCGCUUUUGUUCGGUUUAUUCGGUUUAAUCGGUUAUAUACCAAACCAUAUCCAAAUCCUACGGUUUUUAUAAAAUUAUAUCCAUUCGGUUUAUAUGGUAUAUACCAAAACCAAACCAUAUUAUCUAUUUCGGUUCGGUUCGGUUUAGUACGGUUCGGUUUUACCAUAUUGAACAGCCCUAAGUAAACUGCAUAUUUUUACACGUAUAUGAAAAUACAAUAUUUCUUUUAAUUGAUCUUCACUUACUUAACAAAGAUUUAAUAUAUCAUUUUUUUGUGAUACUAUUUAUGUGAUAUAUUAUAAAAUUUUUUGUAGUAUAUCAUACAUAUGAUUUGGUAUGAUCCUGGUGAGACAGAUUCAAUCCAUCUUUGGUAUGAUUUGCAGGAAGAUGAACCAAGGCCUGCUCUCAACCCCCAUAUCCAAGAUAUUCAACUCGUGCACUUAAAGAUAGGAGAUCACAUGGUAGUCUUUCAAGCUAGAGAAGGAAAUAGAGUGGCAGACAAAAUUGCAAAGGAAGAUCUCUCUUUUUUUAGAAUAAUUCCCCUAUAUUGUAUUCUGUUGCCAAGUUGGUUGAAUGUCUUAGUGGAGGGUGAUAAUGUGUAAACUAUUGGGUUAAUGAAAUGUAUGAAGGUUGAGCCAAAAAAAGGAGGAGAUUAAGAUAUUAACAUGGAAAUAUGGAUUAGUGUUAGUUCUGAUGAUAGUUAUGCCAAGUUGAAAUAAUAUUUUUGUUGUAGCGCGCAUAUUCUUUGCAUCUUAAAAAUAAUAAUAAUAAGCAAGUCGUACAUAUGGCAAACUAAUAUCAUUUAAAAGUUUUGAAGAAAAUAUUCUUGCAAAUUAAAUACCUUAAUUUAUCUAUCUCACAGAUACAAUAUUGUGAUGUUGAAAGAUUUUAAAAAUUGGUGAUAUGCAUAAAAAAUGAAACAUUUAACAAUAAUAUAUUUGUUACAACAUAUUAUAAAUCAAUGCAUUUUCAAAAGUGACUUUAGAUUGCUAACUGUAGAGAAAGCAUACAUAACAGAAAAAGAGAAACAAUACAAAUAUUAGUUUUCUAUAAACUGACCAAGCUAAAUAUUGUAAUUUCAUCAUAAUAAAGUAUGAACAACAUAAAUAUUCCACACCAAAAGCUAUAUUUUAUAAGCAAAAGGCAAAAAACGUGUCAAUAAUUAUCAUCCAAACUUCUUUCCUUCCCUUUUUUUUUUCUAAGCAACGAAAACGAAAACGUUGACAACAGGAACAACAAGCAUAUGCACGGAUGUAAAGAACAUUACCAUAGAUUAUUUCUGGUUUGGGAUUAGAAAUUUGGUGGCUCAUAUAAAUUAACAAAUCUAACAUAUAUAUAUAUGCACGUUAUGUGAUUAAAGGAUUCGGACAUUACUAAUAUUAAUAAGGUUUACCAAUUAUAGUGUGAGUUCUUAUAGUAUAUAGCGUAAUCAGUCUAAGUAUAGAAAUAUAUAUAUAUAUAGAUACAAAUUACAAAGUAAUUUUAAUUUAACUAAAAUAUAUGAAAACAACUCGGGCAUAGCCCGGGAAAGGCUCUAGUCUAAAUAAUAUUUGUUGCUUUGGGAUAGGGACCUUCCCUUUUAUUCACUUUUGCUCCCCUUUUUCAUUUCUUACGUCUUUUCUCCUCUAUAUAUAUAACCUUCAUCUCCAAACCCUCAACGAAUACAAAACAUUCAGUUCUUUAAUAACUUCUUCUUUGUGUCCAGUCUUUAUUCUCUCUCUCUCUUUCUUGAAGCUGAUCCAAGCAAAAUAAUCCCCGAGAAUAACUUGUAUAUGUCUCCUGUCUCGUUACCUCCAGGUUUCAGAUUUCAUCCAACCGAUGAGGAGCUGAUUACCUACUAUCUGAAAAGAAAAAUUAACGGUCUAGAAAUCGAACUUGAGGUUAUCGCUGAAGUUGAUCUCUACAAGUGCGAGCCAUGGGACUUGCCAGGGAAGUCCUUGCUUCCGAGCAAAGACCAAGAAUGGUACUUCUUCAGCCCACGAGACCGGAAGUAUCCUAACGGUUCCAGGACAAACCGAGCAACUAAAGGCGGGUACUGGAAGGCAACGGGUAAAGACCGCCGUGUUAGUUGGAGAGAUCGAGCCAUUGGAACCAAAAAGACAUUAGUUUACUACCGUGGACGCGCGCCACAUGGUAUUAGAACCGGUUGGGUCAUGCAUGAAUAUCGACUAGAUGAAAAUGAAUGCGAGCCUUCUGCAUACGGCAUGCAGGUUUGUCGGGAUGCAUAUGCACUUUGUCGUGUGUUUAAAAAGAUUGUGAUUGAAGCUAAACCAAGAGAUCAGCAUCGUUCUUACAUCCACGCUAUGUCAAAUGUGAGUGGAAAUUCGAGUUUUGACCCUUGUUCAGAUCUAGAGAUCAGUUCAACUACUCAUCAAGUUCAAAACGCAUUCCGGCCUCAAAUUGGAAACGGACGUUUUAAUUCAAACGCCAGUAACCAAAACUGGUCACAAUACUAUGGUUCUUCUUAUCCACCGUUCCCUACUCCAUAUAAGGUUAACAAUGAGAUCGAAUGCUCAAUGUUACAACACAAUAUAUCUCUACCACCGUUGCGUAUAGAGAACUCUGCGGUCAGCAAUUACGAUUUCUAUAAUACGAGUACGACUCACAACAACAAUCAUGGCGUUUUGGAGGACUUUACUUUCGCUGAGAGCAACUCCAACCAUUAUAAUAAUACCGUUGGUGAUCAAGUGAUCCAUGUAGGCAACUAUGAUGAACCAUUAAUAGUGUCAAAUAAUUAUAUGAACCAGGGUUAUAUCGAAGAGCAGAAGAUCAUAUCGACUUUUGAUGAUAAUAACCAAGAUCUUGGAUUUCAUGGAGACAAUACCAAUAUCAACAUAGAUAUCGAUGACUUCUUCUCGUUUGAUAUGUAUAACGAGGAAAACGUAAAUCGAGUAGAAGCUAACAAAGAAGACGUGAAUAUAAAUGAAGCCGUAGAUUCAUCGGGAUUUGAGGUGGUUGAAGAAGAAAUUAGGGUUAACAACCAUAUGCUCAUCUCGGCAUAUCAAACAACGAAGAUUCUAUAUCACCAAGUCGUACCAUCUCACACGUUGAAAGUUCACAUUAAUCUCAUUAAUCACAAUGUGGAAGACAGAAUAUUGUUCAUUGAAGAAGAUAACGAUUCUUGGGUACAAAGAGCUGAGAAGAUCACGAAGAUAAAACUAAAUCUUGUUAGUUUAAUAGCUCAGCAAUAUUACAAAUAUCUUACGAUUUUUUUCUAAUUUCUUACAAUUACUGAUUUUUAUAUACGCCCUGCAAAGAGAGUGUUUUAUAUAUACUGUACACUAACAUAUACCUGUAUACAUCUCAUUCUUGUUAUUUAUUUAUUGGAGUUACGUUGUAGUAUAGUUAUAAAAUUGGAACAUUCAACCAA